AUGUCCUUUUGGGGGUCCAGUAUUCAAGGAGUAACACUUCUGGUUAGAAAACCUAAAGAAAUAUCUGUGGAUAUAAUCCUGGCUUUGGAAUAUAAAAGCAGGUGGCCUACUAGCACACAGGGAGGCCUGCCCAUCAGUAACUGGCUUGGAGCAAAAGUUAAGAACAGUUUAAGACGACAGCCAUUUUACCUCGUACCCAAGCAUGCAAAGGAAGGAAGUGGUUUCCAAGAAGAAUCAUGGCGUCUGUCCUUCUCUCACAUUGAAAAGGACAUUUUGAAAAAUCACGGACAAUCUAAAACAUGCUGUGAAAUUGAUGGAGUGAAAUGUUGCAGGAAAGAGUGUUUAAAACUAAUGAAAUAUCUUUUAGAACAACUGAAAGAAAAGUUUGGAAACCGAAAGGAAUUGGAUAAGUUGUGUUCUUAUCAUGUGAAAACUGCCUUCUUUCACGUCUGUACCCAGGACCCAGAUGACAGUCAGUGGCACUCCAAGGAUUUGGAGCUCUGCUUUGAUAACUGUGUGACAUACUUUCUUCAGUGCCUCAAGACAGAACAACUUGAGCAUUAUUUCAUUCCUGAAGUCGAUCUCUUAUCUCGAGACCAUAUUGACAAGCUAAGUAAAGAAUUUCUGUCAAAGCAAAUUGAAUAUGAAAGAAACAAUGGAUUUCCAGUUUUUGGUGAAUUUUGAAAUUAUAUUUUUAAAAAGAAUCAAGAAUUAGAGUGACUUUAUAAUCAUUGAAAUGCGUCACAGCAAUGAUUGACUAAAAUGAAUGUAAAUGAUUAUUCAGCUCUCCGCUUCUCUUCAUAAACUCUAAUCAAUAUAGAAGGAUGGAUUAUCCUAGGAAACAGAUUAUUCAAGGAAUAAGAAGCAAAGGAGUAUUUAAAAUAUAAAAGCUUUACCAGAGUGGCAUGAAAAGAAGGACAAAAUACAUAUCACCUCAAUUAAAUUCAUCAAGCACUGA